AUGAAUUCUGAACAAUUUGCAGGUGAUUAUGAUUAUAGUGAUGUACCAUCACAGGAAUUGGAUGCUAUACGAAUAAAAAUAGCACAAGUUACAGUAUCAUUAACAAAGGUGAGAGAUGAUAUUAAUAAGCCUUUAACCGUCCAACAGUGGCACUCCUUAAAUGCAAAAUUGACCUUAUUAUUGACACAAUUAAAUUCAUUAACAAAAAUAUUAAAGCAUUAUGAAUAUAUAUUAGAUUCAGCAAUUAUUUAUCCUUUACCAAAUUUCCCAACAACUGCACAUGAAGGUUUACUAACCACUUUACUAAGAAAAAAAAAGGUUCCAGAAGUAGACGAAUGGAUCAAUGAUGCUAGAAGAAAUGCUAGUAAUUCAUGUACGAGAACUGAUUUAGAAAAAGAUCGUGAAUUAAGUAAAUGGUACCUUUCCGUUUUACAUGAACAAAGAUCAAAAAUAAUUUCCAAUAAAAACGAUGACAACAUUACUGAAAGUUUUGAACAAAAAGUUAAUGAACCUGUAAUUAAGAAUAUUAAACCUAAACAGCCAUUCAAUCCAAAUGAUGUAUUGAAAUUUAUUUAUGCAGGCACUGUUAUGAUUUCCAAAGACUCAAUGAAAAACAUAGAACCUUCAAAGAAUAUAUGA